AUGGCUAACCAGCCGUCAAAGAGUCGUGUGAACAAGGCCAAUCGGAACACCGUGGCGGCCAGGUUUAACAGGAAGAUUAUGCAUAGCCUGGAGAAAAGUCUGUUCAACGACCCGGAAGCCGAUAUCACAAUCGGGAUGUCGAAAUAUUCGCAGCAGCUGCAGUCGUUCAAGAAUCAUGUCACCACGAAUAGCCAAGCCGCACGGUCGCUGCCCAACAACGAUAUCCGCCGUCGACUGAACGAGGAUGAACCAGUGACGACCAUCUUCCCACUCUCCUCUGAAGUAGAAGAUUUGUGUCGUGACUACCAGAGCACGGCAGAAGCUUUAAUUGGUCUUCUAGGCAGUGGCGAGGUUCUAUAUGAAUGUGCGUGGGCUGCCUCGGUCAUGGUCUUUCGAAUCAGCGAAAACAUGGUCGUCAAAGCAGGCCACGAGAGCUUUGCAAUAACAGAGCACCAAACUCUGGCAUUUCUGGAAAAGCACAUGCCCGACUUCCCAGCCCCGAGGCCACAUGGUUUAGUUCGCCUAGGCAUUCAUUGCUUUCUAUUCACCAGCCACAUUCCGGGCAUGAACUUGGAGAAGGCGUGGCCUGGACUGGACUGUUCUCAGAAACAGGACAUUUCUUGUCAGGUAGACACCCUCCUUGCUAAGCUACGGUCUCUUCCUUUUCCAGAAAACGCAAGCCUCGGCGACGUCGUUGGCGAUACUUGCAGAGAUGUGCGGCGAUCACAGCGUGUCAGCAACAAGCCGAUUAUGAGUGUCACAGAGUUCCAAGAUUUCAUCUUCGAUGGCCCCAGCACAACCUCGCCGCUAUAUGUUCAACUCUUGCGCAAUCUUAUGCCGUCAUCGGCAAAGAUUGUCUUUACGCAUGGUGAUAUCCGCCCCGCGAACAUUAUGCAUCUCUUCCAGGUCAUUCAAGAAGAAGACGACGGCCCCUUUAAACGCAAUCAGCGCCAAGUUGAUCCCACAAGCUCACAGACUUGCUUAGAACCGCUCACGCUCUUGGGCCAGAUGCAUGUUGACAACUGGGAUUGGCUCAUCGAAGCAGUUCGAGAACUCCCAGUAAGAGGAGAGGCUGCAUCGUGGAACUGUCAAGAUUAUGUUCUUGGGAUAUGGGAAAUGCUGUUGGAAGCAGGAGUAAUAGAACACGACGUCUGGAGCAACGGUUACGACCUAAUGCUCCCAUACUUCGGUCAAGAUUUUGGCGGCCAAGGAGGACAUGAAGAGUAUGAAGAACAGGAAGGCGAGGAAGAAGAAGGUAAUGGAGGAAAGAGGUUCAAGUCUCAAGAGUUUGUGUAUGACUCGGAUGCAUGA